AAUUUAUUUACAGUUGCAGAAGUAGGUGAUAGAUGCACCUCUACCCAGAUCUGCCGUCCCGUCAGUACCCGUUGUGAUCACGAGCUAGGUACAUGCGCCUGCCAGAACGGAUACUUAGCCUCCAAUUCAAACAGCAGUGUGACCUACUGCAAACAAAAACCUUUACUCUCUACUUCCACCAGCUUCUCUUUACUGAACGAAUUUUGUGACGACAAACAACUGAAAUGCUCCCCUGAAAACCAUUUGGAGUGCGAUAAUGGUAAACGUGUUUGCGUCUGCACAAAAGGGUACAAAAAGGCUUCUAUGGAAAUUAUCAACGCCUAUCCGUUUAAUGUUGUCCAAUGCGUUCCCGCAAAUUUUUCAAUUGGCAUCAGAAUAAAAGAAGAUCAGUGUUUUAGCCCACCACCAGUGACACCGAGUUCAUCAGCAAAACAAACAAUUAUCACCAUUUCAUUGCCGGCCACCGAUCAAUUUUCAUCAAAAUUUGUGUCAACAUCUGACAUUCCAUCAUUAUCAACGGAUUUCGGACAAACACUACCAUCAACGUCAUUAACAAGUUUCUCAAACUUACAACCUACACCAGCAAUCACAACAUCCGCCUAUGAAACACAGGAAUACACCGAAAUUCCGGAACCUUCAUCGACAGCCCAGUUAGAAGAAAGUAUUAGUUUCUCUUUCCCUUCCACAAUACUUCCGUGGAGUAAUGGGAUGGAAUCGUUUUCGGAAACAAAGUUGGAAACUCAACAAACAGUUUAUCACUCCCUCGUUAACUCUGAUUAUACCACAUUAAUUUCAGACACGGUGACAAGAAGUGAAAAUUAUGAACACUCGUCAUCAAGUUUUCAUUCAAGUUUAUCUUUUUACACAACAGCGAACCUGAAGACAACUUAUUUAUCACCUACAAGCAAGAGUAUGCCCCAUUCUUCGAUGGAACCUAGUUUCCAAUAUACCUCAGCUCUAAUUGAAUCAUCUAAACUAAUGUUUAGUUCUCCGGUAACUUUCAGUUCUUCAUUAACGACAACUUUGUUAAAAAGUUCCAAAUCACCAUUUGUUACGGUAUCAUCAGAAAAUGGUUCAAUGGAAUCAUCAUUGUCAGAAAGUAGUUCUGUGAAGCCGUUAUCCACAUCAUCACAAUUCAUAUCAACAACAAAGUUGUCAAGCUCAAAAACGACCACAGGAGUUUUGGAGGAAACAACAAUAUUCUCUAAACCUUCCAUCUCUUCUGAAUAUGCUUCAACGAUUAAGAUCUCUACUCCAUACACAUCAUCAUCUGAACAGCAAACAAUAUCUGCAUCUUUGACCAUAAGCCCAACCCCAACUCAAUCCAGUAGUCAACAAAUUUCAGAUAGUUCAGUUGUGACAACAGUAUCAUCUCAAACUAUAGCUAUUACAACAACAGCAGAACCAACUGUAAGAACAACGCAAGCAUCUCGAACAACAACAACUGCUGGUUCUACACAGCGUACAAUAACCAGCAUACCCAUUGGAAAAGCUUGUGAAAGAAACAUCACAUGUCCUGCAAAUGCUGUUUGCGAGAAACGCUUUGAAUGUGGGGGCAGCUUGAUGUGUCACUGCACGUAUGGCUUUUUACCCAGUGAUGACAAUAAGCAAUGCUUAAAAAUACAGUAUCUUGGCGGGAAAUGUGCAUCAAACAAGCAGUGUGUGGGACCAAACGCAGUUUGUAUUGGUGGGAUCUGUUCUUGUAAAGAUGGAUAUGUCUCAAGCAGCAAUAGAACAAGAUGCAGACGAAAAAUGUCAUGGUUCGUUAGUUUUCCACUUCUUGGAGACCGAUGCAUGGGGUUCCUUUCCUCGUGCUACAACCAUGAUGAACAAGAAUGUAAAAACAAGAGGUGUUCCUGUAAACCUGGGUAUAGAGAACUGGAUGACGAUGAUCUGAAAUUACGUCAUAAGAAUUAUCAGCAGUGUGUCAGGAACAACACCGAUUUGGGGAAAAUGAACGGGAACGUAAGAUGUACAGAUAUAACGGCAUCAGAAUUUUCAGAUCCUUACGACUCGGAGGCAAACAGAAAAGUUAGAGUGAUGCAAGGAGCCAUCAUUGGUGGAAUAAUAGCUUUAAUUGUAUUAAUACUUGUAGUGGUAGGAGUGGUUUUCUAUAUCAGAUACAAAAAGAGAACAGGUGACAUGAACAACGAUUCCGGAUCUGAGAUAUCAUUUGAGCGACAAUCCAGUGGGCGCUACUCUUUUAGAAUCCCGCGUCCCUUCGCAACAUACGACAGUACACCGGCUGACAACCUGUCCUUCCAUAACCGAUCAUUCAAAGAAGAUGAAACCCAUCGUCUACGAGAAGACGAGCUUAAAUCAUUAAAUGGAACUCUUGCUAAAUUUUACUUCGAUGACAUCGAUUACAAAUCACAUGAAGAUUUUAGACCACAUGAAGAUGGAAAGUGAAGCCUUUGUCAUAAUGUAGCCUUGUAUAUUUGAGAUUACAGUCCAUUGGAACUGAAUACUAUUGUUGGAUGAGUGUUUAAGACAUAUAAAUGAAGAAUAUUUGGAAGAGUGAAUUAAAGAAUGAGUGACAACUGCGAUUUACAUUGAUGUCUUGAACAAUGAUUAAUUUACAAGAAAGGGAAAAGGGUCGAUUCAUUUAGGUCUCCAAAAUUAAAUUGCUUUAA